GACUCGCUCACUAACCGGCGCACAACAUCCACAAGGCGAAUAAACUGGCGGGAAAUCACAGUCUGACAGAAGAUAUUCGACUGAAAGUUUCACACACGACACUUCCGGUCGGUGAUGUCACAGGCAAGUUACCCAUUGGCUGGCGGGCGCCUCACGUGAUGUCCUUGCUUGAGAACGGAAGCGUGUGCGCAAGAUGCUGAGUCUGACCUCUCGUCUCCUCCUCACCCGGGGAGCCCCCGAACUACUGACAUGUGGGGCGCUGUGUGUCACCCCCAGCCGGGGCACAGUGAUGGUGGAGCGCUGGUGGCAGGUGAAUCUCCCUAAAGAAGGGGAGGAGCCCAAACUGCACCCCCGGAGGCAUCGCAUCUACAGAGUCUUGGAGGACACGAAGCACAAGAAGAAAGAGAAGAUGGAGCUGCUCCUCACUCAGACUGUGCCCAAGCUGGGGGGCCGGGGAGACACUGUGUGUGUGGAGAAAGCGCUGGGAAGGAAUAAGCUGCUGUCACAGGGUUUGGCCAUUUACCCCUCACCUGAGAAUAAGAAGAUGUUUGAAGACGAGAAAAGGACCGUGAAUUACCUGCAGAAUUCUCAUCUGGAGAUCGGCAUGAAGAACAAUGUGGGAAAGUGGGAAGUGACCAAGGAAAUUGUUGCUCGGAAUCUAUUUAAGAGUCUGGGAAUAGUGGCCCCUGUAGAAGCGCUGAAGAUCCCAGAGGAGCCAAUCACACAGUGGGGAGAGUACUGGUGUGAGGUGACAGUGAAUGGCAUUGAUACCGUGCGUGUGCCCAUGUCUGUGGUGAACUUUGAGAAGCCCAAGACCAAGCGCUACAAGCAGUGGCUGGCCCGACAGGCAGCAGAAUCGGCACCAGAACCUGAGCCCUGAGCAGUUGUACCUGGGAUCACCAGCAGAGGGCGCAACUAUCACACGGACAUAUUCAUGGCUCAUCCAAGUGCCUCUGGUUUGUGGCUACUCGGCUGAUACUACACUGAUGGCGGCACAGAUGAUGAGUCCUACGGAAGAUCAUCAAGGUUGUCAUUUACCUCUUUGUACAGUCCUAUUGUUUGUAAUAAAACUGCAACUGACAAGAACCUUGUAGGAGGCCAUUUAGAAUUUGUGUAGAACUCCCUGCAGCUUCCUGGGUGCAUUGAACGUCCUCCAUUUGUAUCAGUAUAGAUGGGUGGGAGCUGCCAUGUUGUUUCCCUUAGAUAUUAUCAUACGAUAAUGUUACUGCAAACACAGAACGUUCUUUCUCUCUGUAAAUUUCUAGAUAUUAGUGAGGAUAUAUGGUUUCCAUUGAAGCUCUAGUCAUGUGUUGGGUUUACUUUGUCUUUAAUAAAUCGCUGGUUGGUGACA